AGACGAUAUAUCUGUGACACGGUAUGAGUGAGUGGCUUGCUUGUGUAUGAAUGAAGUGAUGAGCGGCGUCGUGCUGGAAAGAUGGAAAGCAGGAGGCAGACUAACAGCGGCUUUCGGCAGUUUCUUUGCUCGCUUAAGCUCCAACACCUGUUUGUGUUCACUUUGGCUGCUGUCCUGCUUGUUGCGCUCGUCAUGCACUGGGCACUCAACACGGUUGGACUUGGGCUGAAUAUUGUCGAGGGUGAUGGCGGUGAAGACGAGGUUAGGGCAAGACACUUCGACCUGCUUGCGGUUAAGCUUGAGGACCCCGACUACCUUGUGGCGACAGAUCUACGCACUCGGCUCCUCGACAUGCUGUCAAUACGAAGCUCCGUGAAAAACGAACUGAACGAUUUGGAAGCACGUCGAACGAGUUUGAGGAAGCAGAUUGCCGACAACCAAGAAGAUUUGGACAGACUCAAGGCCUCCGUUUCCCGGAUCCGUGCCGAACUGGCCCGGCUGCAGCUGUCCACGCAACAGGCUGAGAGCAGAUACCGGGAAACAGUGGAGAAGAGAAUGAUACCAAAGUUGUCGCUCCCUGCGAAGCUUUCAAUGUCCACGGAUCCUCUUCGUUUGCCCGAGUUUAGGGACAAACAAAACUCCCCGUGUACUGUGGACACCUGCUUUGACUUUUCCCGUUGCUCUAUUGCAUCACCUCAUCUAACCCUUGACCUAUCAGUAUUGACGGCUGUUGGUGAUACCAAGCAAUCGCGAAGAGCAUGGCUGAAACGUCUCAUAAAUGAUCCUACGUCUGUGUUACCUGGGUUGGCGAUUCGCAGGAGCAGUGGCAGCGAGAGCCAACACGAGCCACCGUGUCUCAGACUAGUUGUUGCUGAUAAUGCAACGCAAAGUGGAGCGUGUCGUGGCCCAGAUGGCGUCAAUUGCUUGCUGCUGCUAUUGGACAACGGUUCGUGGCGACCUGACGAGUCGAUGAUGAUCGUGUCAUCUGGGUUCCCGAGGGGCACAUUCAGGCCAGGCUUCGAUAUUGCUAUUCCCCAUCUGGAUCAUGCAGAAUCCCGUGCUGUUGUAACGAAUGACGACGAAGAAUGGGAAGAGUUGCCGCCGGCAUUCUCUCCGGCGAGGAGGAAAUACUUGGCGUCAUUCCAGGGCGAAUGGAGCAAGAAGACGCAUGGGGUUGCUGAUGAUGAUGCAAUGGCUACGUUUCUUAGGCAGCAGUUGGACGCCAUGGCGGCUGACUCGGUGGAAACUGACAAGUUUUUCCUCCAAUGGGAAUGCGGAGAGCGGCUUUUGACGACCGGUGCGUCAUUUCUUCCUCCGUCCUGGAACGACAGUAUCGGGGCUUGGCAAGUGUGUUCGGGGGAUCAAGCCCGACGUCGCAUCUUGGAAGAGUCGACAUUCUGUUUCGUUUUGCCGUCGCAACAAGCACAAGUGCACGUGCGCUUAGUCGAGUGUUUGCGGGCAGGUGCUGUGCCUGUAUUGCUGUGGUCGCGGGAUAUUGACGAGGGUUGGUUGCCGCUGGAUGAGGUGAUUGACUGGCGGCGGUGUGUGGUUCGAGUGGCGCCGGCGCGUCUGCCGGAGCUGCAUUUUGUGCUUCGCAGUUUGGGUGACGCGGACGUGCUGGCUAUGCGACGGCAGGGCUGGCACGUGUGGCGAAAUUAUUUUAGUAGUCCGGCUCGGGUGCUGAGGGCCGUGGUGGGGCUCAUGCGGCAUCGGCUGUUGUUGCCGCCGCCACCGGCGCCAGAUGUUGCUUAUACCCCGAUGCAUGAUCCUGUUAAAAAUCCAAUGCUGACUUUCGAGCCACCGCGUGGAGAAACCGAAGAGGAGCAAGAGAUGUUGGGCCCGGCCCACGAACCGCCCACUCCGUCCGUCACAUUCACACGCAACGUGAGCCAGUUGCUGUUGGACUCUUCUGCCAUUUGGAACGACUGGUUCCAGCCUCAUUGGACAUUCUCAGCAAGACCUAGUGAUCCUUGGCUGUUGUCGGAAGCGCUAUUUAGAGGUUCCGGGGCUGGAUUUAGGCCAUUGGGCGGUGGCCAAGGCGGCGCGGGGAAAGAGAUGAGUGAGGCGCUGGGUGGAAACCUGCCGCACGAGCAAUUCACCAUACUUAUUCUCACUUAUCAGCGGGAGCAGGUGUUGUUGAGUGCUCUCUCACGAUUCGUGGGUCUACCGUAUCUCAACAAGGUUAUUGGCGUCAGCAAAACUUGCAGCGGCAGCUCUGGUGGAGCCAGGGGAGGCUAUGAUCCCAGCUCUUAG